AUAAUAAUAGCACAGUACACUCGUAUUGUUGUGGUAUUUGUUUUAAGUCCAUUGGGGUAUUCUUGCGCACCGCACCGCUGCCGUGAUGGACGUGACGCACGCGUGUCGCUGCUGCCUGCGGGGUGCUCCGGACAAGGACCUGACGACGCCGUACACACAUCUCGGCAAAACGGAGAUAUAUGCCGACUUGAUCAAACAGUGCUUCGAUAUACAUCUGGUGGUGGGCGGCUCGGGCUCGUGCGGCAUCUGCUCUAUGUGCGUGGGCCGCCUGCGAGACGCGAGCGACUUCAAGCUGCAAGUGCAGCGCAGCCAGGCCGAGCUGCAGGCACUGCUUGUUAAAGCGGAGUUUGCAGUCAAAUCUGAGCUGGCUGAUGAUGGCGCAGUUGAUGAUUCUGUGUUCGAUAGUUUAUACGCAUUUUGUUAG